GUUAAAAUAUGGUUUCAAAACCGAAGAAGUAAAUAUAAGAAAAUGAUGAAAGCGGCGCAAGUAACAGGUAGCACGAAUAAUAAUGGAACACCCGGAAAUCAUUCUGCACUAUUAGGGGGAAAUGUUAAUUUGCCAUCUACUAGUCCAGGACCUCAAGGACAAAAUAUGAUGCAAGGUGGUGGCUCAUCUAGUGGAUCUCCGGGUACGGGUUAUAUUCAGCACUCAUCACCAGCGCCAAGUUCGACGCCUGGUUCUGAUAUGUCUGGACAACCUGCAGCAAGUCCUGGUUGGGAUGUUAAGCCCCAACAGCCUAUACAUCCACCACCUCAUCCUACACCACAUCCACACCCGCCACAUAACUACCUCCCUCAAUAUUCGUGGUAUCCAUCGGAUAAUCCUGGCUUAUUAACGGUGUGGCCGGCCGUUUAAUAUUGAAGAAAAUCUAAAUAGAUUCAAGUUUUUUUUUUAUAAAAUUAUAAUUUUAUAAAAAAUUUAAUGAAAACGCAAGUGAUUAGUUACUAUAAUAUAGUUUUGUAUACAAUAUACAAAAUAAAUUUAAAAAAAUUAAUAAGGGAUUCGACCGUUCCAAUCGUUAAUCGUGCUUUUUAGUUUUGGACACAAGAAAUCAAAGAAAAAUCGGACAAAUCUUCAUCAUCAAUUUCUUAUACUCGUUAUCAUCAAAGUGCUUUAUUUUUUAUUAAGUAGCCGGGAAAUUUUUCCAAUCAACCGAAACUGUUUGUUGUUAUUAAUCGGUAAAGUAAUAGGUAUUUUGUAAUUAUUAACGAUUUUAUUAAAUUACCACAAUUAAAUUAAUUUUUUUUUAUUCCCCCCUUUGUAUUAUAUUAAUAAAUAAACACGUCGUUUUGGUAGAUCUCAAUUUAAAAGAUACAUUUCGCCUAAUAACUUGUCAUUAAUAAAUAAAUAAUUAUUGUAAAAAGAAAAAAUUAAAUUUGGUGCAAUAAUUGCUAAAAGAUUAUACAUAUACAAGUUUAGAUUCUUUCUAAACUUGUAAAUUAUUUAACUGAAUUCCCUAAAUUAAAACGUAAUUUUACAUUGAGCCAUUGUAAAAUCGUGUAAAGAUACAUUAUUAGGAUAAUCGUACUAACACAACACAAACGUAAAAGAAAGUCUUUUUUGUCUAAUUUAUUAUGCUGCGAAAUCUUUUUCUUUACGUUGGUACGAUACUGUUUAAUACUUGUAAUAUAGUUACUUCUAAGGUCUAGCUGAAUGAAAGAGGGUUGAGGAGAACAAAAGUAAAAAAGAGAUGGUGUAGGAAAUAUGUUUUGUCCAAGCCUGCACCUUAAUCUGAUAACUCACCUUUACGAAUUGACAUUUUUUCAUCAUCAUCAUUUAUAUUUUGUUUGUUAUCAAAAAAAAGAAGAAAU